AAAAUCCUAUCCUUCAACCUCAUUUUGUGCAAAAUCAAAAGCUAGUGACCAAUAUGGCUAGUCAAAACAAUCCGUUACACAUAUUUUUCUUCCCCUUCAUGGGUCAUGGCCAUAUGAUACCUUCAAUUGAUAUGGCCAAAUUAUUUGCUUCAAAAGGUGUUAAGGCAACCAUAGUCACCACACCUCUCAACAAACCUCUCGUCACCAAAGCCAUAGAACAAUUCAAAACCCAUUCUAACAACAUAGAUAUUCAAAUCAUCAAGUUCCCUUGUGUAGAAGGUGGUUUACCUGAAGGAUGUGAAAAUGUUGAUUCAAUCCCUUCACCUCAUCUCAUUCCAGCAUUCUUCAAAGCUACAUGGUUGCUACAAGAGCCCCUUGAACAACUAUUGCAACAACAAAAACCAAAUUGUAUUGUUGCUGACAUGUUUUUUCCAUGGUCCACUGCUUCCGCCGCAAAAUUCGGAAUUCCUAGGAUUGUGUUCCAUGGCACUAGUUUCUUCUCAUUGUGUGCUUCACAAUGUUUGAAUCUCUAUGAGCCUUUCAAAAACGUUUCUUCUGAUACAGAACUAUUUGAGAUUACUAAUCUUCCAGGUAAUAUCAAAAUGACAAAGUUGCAGCUUCCAAGUAUAUUCACUCAAAAUGAUACCAUGACACAAAACACUGCCAAAUUAUUUGCGGCAAUAAGGGAAUCAGAGAAGAAGAGUUAUGGUGUUAUAGUAAAUAGCUUCUAUGAGCUAGAACAUGUUUAUGCAGAUUAUUAUAGAGAUGUACUUGGCAUAAAAGCAUGGCAUAUAGGUCCAUUAUCAAUUCACAACAAGAAGGAUAAAGAAAUAACAUCAUAUAGAGGAAAAGAAGAUUCUAUUGACAAACAUGAGUGUUUAAAGUGGCUUGACACAAAAGAAAAACACUCUGUUGUUUACUUGUGUUUUGGAAGUACAACACAUUUUCUUAACUCUCAGCUUAAAGAAAUAGCUGUUGGACUUGAAGCAUCAGGGAAAAAUUUCAUCUGGGUUGUAAACAAAAAGAAAGAAGAUGGAGAAGAAUGGUUACCUGAAGGAUUUGAGAAAAGAAUGGAAGGAAAAGGACUUGUUAUAAGAGGUUGGGCCCCACAAGUUUUGAUUCUUAAUCAUGAAGCUAUUGGUGCAUUUGUGACUCAUUGUGGUUGGAAUUCAACUUUUGAAGGUGUGUCUGCUGGAGUGCCUAUGAUUACUUGGCCAGUUGCUGCUGAACAAUUUUACAAUGAGAAAUUGGUGACUGAGGUGCUUAAAAUUGGUGUACCUGUUGGAGUUAAAAAAUGGGUUGGAUUGUUUGGUGAUAGUAUUCAAUGUGAUUUAGUGGAGAAGGCUGUGAAGAGGGUUAUGGAAGGUGAAGAAGCAGAGGAAAUGAGGAACAAAGCAAAAUUGUUUGCAGAAAUGGCAAAGAAGGCUGGGGAAGAAGGUGGAUCCUCUUACUUAAAAUUGAAUGCUUUGAUUGAGGAGUUGGGUUCAUUGAGCCAGCAUCAACCUAUCUUACAAGAUUAAUAUGCAUGCUUUUAAUGAUGCAUGUUUUGAAAUAAAGGAACAGUAAGAAAGAAAACAAAAUUUGAAGAAAAAAAAAAAAAAAUAUCAUAGCAUUAAAUUGUCUUAGUUUUUUGAGAUCAAAGUAUACAAUUAUCGGAGUAAAGAUGAUACUGACUUCAAGUUGAAUGACUAUUCACUGUGGUCAC